GUAGCUGGCUGUCUCCGCCACCCACCCGUCCAGACCAGCACCCCUCCCCCACCCCGCACUGUGAUGACGGUUUUACACACUCAGUGGAUUACAGAUGUUCUAUAAUUUCUCGUCGGUUGGAAAGAUUCAAUGUUCUCUCAGAAGAUAACGGCUUGUGGUUUCCGGGAGAGGCCUGUUUGUUUCCGUUUAGUGUGCCGCAGAAUAGGCGGCGGAGGAGUGUGGAGAAGGGGGGAGAGAGAGGGCAAGUGACGUAAGAGAGGGGGAAAAAGAGGGGAAAGGAGAGGGGUAGAGAGAAGGGAAAGAGAGAGAGGGAGAGAAAGAGUGACAGGCAGAGUGAAUGGGGGGGGGCGAGAGGAGAGAUGAGCAGAAAUUGGGACAUUUGCUUUCAAUGAAUCAAGGUACAGUGAUAACUUUUGAUUCGCAUCCCGUCCAUAAAGAUCACUUCAUCACCUCGGGACUGGGAGUGCGGGGUCGCGAAAUGUGAAGGGACAAUUAAUUAAAUGAACGAAUCAUACAGACCAAUUAAUUACAACACUGAAUUAGGGAGAUUGUCAAGUUAGUGGUUCAUCUCUCAGGAAGUCAGCAUGUUCGACGUGUGUGGGGUCUUUGAUAAUGUGGACUGUUUUAUUGAGGCAGAGAGAUGUGUAAACAGUCCAUAGUUUCCAUGAUGUACUGAACUUGUUCACAGCUCUCUGCAGUGUUUCCGGUGGUGGCCAGUGCUGUUGCCGUGACAACACGACUAGUUUCCGCACAGGAUGUGUUCUGUAAAAACAGAUGAUGGUCGUCCAGGAGGAGCCGAUUUUCUUCAGCCUCUCAAAGAAGCAGAGAGGCCGCUGAGCUUUCUUGGCGAUAGUGUCCUUGUGGCUGGACAAGGACAGGCUGUUAGUGGUGUUCACUCUCAGGAGAUUGCAGCUCUCAACCCCCUUAUCCUCUGCCGUUGAUGUAAACAGGAAUGUCUGCAUGGCCCCGGCUGACUUCCUGUUGUCAGUAACCAGCUCUGUUGUGUUGGUGAAAUGGAGGGGGUGGGGAGUGUUGAUACCAGGUCACAAAUCUCUCCAGCUCCGACCCGACACGCGGGUGGAGAAGGUUUACUGGAGUAAAUUCCAACCGUGUGCAAACAGCACUGGCUAUGUGAACACGGGUGGAUCUGUCCAGACGGACUGAAGGGUCUAUUUACGCGCUUUCCCCGAAUCUCGUCCUUCUCUCUCACUUUUCUCACUCUCACCUUCCUCUCUCUAGUCUCUCUGCGUUUCUCCUCUCUCAUCCCAAACUCUACUAUCCCCCCUCACUCUCCUCCAUUACUCCCCACUCCCACUGCCUUACACCACUCUCACACUCAACCCUCACCCUCUGCUUACUCCCUACCUUCCUGAAUCCUGCAUCACUCAUAUGAAACAUAUUCCUCCCGCGCCCUCCUCAUCCAGGCGAAAGGCUUUAUCUGCUGUCGCUUCCGCAGGACACGGAUUUACUCAACUUCCGGUGACUCUGAUUCACUGUCAAACCCUCAGCGGAGAGGGAGGGAGAGGGGAUUUAUCAGGCCAUUGGGAAGAGGGAGAAACAAAGAUGGUGUAAUUGGGAAGGGGGCAAGGGAAGAGGGAGACUAAGGGAUGACGACAUGUGGGGAGAGGAAAGUCUGUAGAAGGAGGAGAGAUAGAAUGGGUAAAGAGCUCGGGGGAUGUUCAGAAGCAGGAGAUACUGGGAUGAUGGAGAAACAGGGCUGAAUGGAACCAGACAGGAGAAGAAGUUCACUCACCCUCUCCAUCUCCCUCUCCCUAUCCGUCCCCAUCUCUCAUUCCCCCUACUCUCUCGCCUUCUCCCUCUUUCUUUGUCUCACUCUCUCUCUCUUUUUCUCUCUCCCUCUCCGUUUCUCUCAGUUCUCUCUGUCUCCCUCUCCAUCUUAUUCUUUCUCUCUCUCUAUCACUCGGCCUCUCUCAUUCACUCUCUCUCUCUGCCUCCCUCUCUCACUCUCUCUCAAUCUCUCACUCCCUUUCCCUCUGUCUUCCUCUGUCUCUCCCUCUCCCCACCCUCUCUCUAUCUGUCUCCCUCUCCCUCUCAUUCUCUCUCCCCUCUUCCUCUCACUUUCUCUCCUCUCCCUUUCUCUCCUCUCCCUCUCUCUAUCACUCUCUCUGUCUCUCUCUUCCCCUCUCUAUCUGUCUCUCUCUCUCUCCCUCUUUCUCUGUUCCUGUCUCUCUGCCUGGACCUCUCUCUGUGUCUUGCUCUCCCUCUCUGUCUCUCCCUCUCUCCAUCUCUCACUCACUCUCCCCCCUCUCUGUUCCUCUCUCUGCCUCUCUCCCUACCCUCUCUUUAUGCCUGUCUCUCUCUCAAUCUCUCUGUCUCCUCCCUCUCUCUGUCUCUCUCACUCUCUCCCUCUCUUUCUCUCACUCUCACCCUCUCUGUCUGUCUCGCCCUCUCUCUCUCUCUCUCUGUCUUGCUCUCCCUGUCUCUCUCUCUCACUCUCUCCCCCCUUUCUCUCUCUGUUCCUCUCUUUCCCUCUCUCUGUCUCUCCCUCUCUGCCUCUCUCACUCUCUCUCCCUCUGUCUCACUCUCUCCCCACCCUCUCUCUCUAUGUCUGUCUGUCUCUCUCUCUCAAUCUCUCUCUGUCUCUUCCCCUCUCUAUCUGUCUCUGUCUCUCUCUUUUACUCUUCCAUUCUCUCUCCCUCUCUCUCCCACUCCCUCUCUCUCUCACUCUCACCCCACCCUCUCCCUCUCUCUGUCUCCCUCUCUUUCUCUCUGUCUCACUCUGUACCUCUCUCUCCCUCUCUCUGUCUCUCUCCCUCCCCUCACUCUGUCUCUCCCUCUUUCCCCACCCUCUCUCUCUCUGUCUGUCUCUCUCCCUCUCCCUCUCACCCUUCCUCUCUCUCUUUCUCUCUCUCUGGCACUGUUCCUCUCCCUCUCUCUUUCUCUCUCUCACUCUAUCCCUGUCUCCCCCCCAGUUCUCUCUCUCCCUCUCCCUCACACUCUCUUCCCUCUCCCUCUCUCUAUCACUCUCUGCCUCUCUCACUCAGUAUCUCUCUCUUCCCCGCUCUGUCUGCCUCCUCCUCCCUCUCACUCUCCCAAUCUCUCUCUCCCUAUCCCUCAGUCUUUCUCUGUCUCUCUGUCUUCCUCUCUCUCCCCACCCUCUCUCUGUCUCUGUCUCACUCUCUGUUCCUCUCACUCUGUCUCCCUCUCUUUCUAUCAUUAUCUCACCCUCUCUGUCUAUCUCUCCCUCUGUCUCUCUGUUCCUCUCUCCCUGUCUCUCUCUCUCUCUCUCCCCACCCUCUCUCUCUGUGCCUGUCUCUCUGAAUCUCUCUCUGUCUCCCUCCCUCUCUCUGCCUCUAUCUCUGUCACUGUUCCUCUCUCCUCUCUCUCUGUCCCUCUCUUUCUCUCACUGUCUCACCCUCUCUGUCUCUCUCUCCAUCUCUUUUACUCUCUCUCCCCCUUUCUCUCUGUUCCACUCUCUCUCUGUCUCUCUCUUUCUGUCUCUCCCUCUGUCUCACUCUCUCCACACACUCUCUCAGUAUCCCUCUCUCUCUUGCUCUCCCUCUCUCUGUCUCUCUCACUCCCUAUUCCUCUCUCUCUCUCACUCCCUGUUCCUCUCUCUCUCACUCUCUGUUCCUCUCUCUGUCUCUGACACCCCUCUCUCUCUCACUGUCUCUCUCCCCUCUCUCUCUCCCCCACUGUCUCUCUGUCUCUCUCACUCUCUGUUCCUCUCUCCCUCUCUCUUCCUCUCUCUUUCUCUCCCUCUCUCCCCGCUCUCUGUCUCUCUCCCCCUCUCUCUGCCUGUCUCCUCUCUCUCUCUGCCUCUCCCUCUCGCCAGCUCACUCUCUGCCUCUUCUCUGUCCCUGUGUGUGUGUCUCUCUGUCUCUCUCUCUCCAUCUUUUUCUCACUCUCUCCCCACCAUCUAUCUGUCUCCCUCUCUCUCUCUCUGUUAACCUCUCUCUCUUCCUCUCUCUCCCUCUCUCUCUGCAACAGUCUCUCUAUCACUCACUGUUCCUCUCCCUCUCUCUCUACCCGUUAACUUUCUUAUCUCUCUGUCUCUCCCUCUCUCUCACUCUCUUUACAUAUACAAUUCCUCAAUUUCUCUAUCACCUCUUUUCCUCAUCCGUACUCUUUUGCACCCUCCCACUCUUUCCUCCAAACAUUCUUCCCCACACAGUCACUAACCUGCAUCGUUCCCUUAUUGUCUCUUACUCCGUUUAUGCCUAACCUUUCGCUUGUCUCUCGCUUUCUCCCCAAUUCCCCCUUUCCUGUAGCUUGCUGUCUCCGCCACCCACCCGUCCAGACCAGCACCCCUCCCCCACCCCGCACUGUGAUGACGGUUUUACACACUCAGUGGAUUACAGAUGUUGUAUAAUUUCUCGUCGGUUGGAAAGAUUCUCAGAAGAUAAAGGCUUGUAGUUUCUGGGAGAGGCCUGUUUGUUUCCAUUUAGUGUGCUGCAGAAUAGGCGGCGGAGGAGUGUGGAAAAGGGGGGAGAGAGAGGGUAAAUGAGGACGUAAGAGUGGGGGAAGAAGGGAGAGGAGAGGGGCAGAGAGAAGGGAGAGACAGAGAGAGAAAGCGAGAGAGUGACAGGCAGAGAGAAUGAGAGGAGGGGGGAGAGGAGAGGAGAGAUGAGCGUAAAUUGGCACAUUUGCUUUCAAUGAAUCAAGAUACAGUGAUAACUUUUGAUUCACAUCCUGUCCAUAAAGAUCAAUUCAUCACCUCUAAACUGGGAGUGCGGGGUCGCGAAAUGUAGGGAGACAAUUAAUUAACUUAACGGAUCAUACAGACCAAUUAGUCACAACACUGCAUUAGGGAGAUUGUGAAGUUAGGGGUCCAUCUCUCAGGAAGUCAGAAUGUUCGACGUGUGUGGGGUCUUUGAUAAUGCGGAAUGUUUUAUUGAGGCAGAGAGAUGUAUAAACAGUGUCCACAGUUCCCAUGAUGUACUGAACUUGUUCGCAGCUCUCUGCAGUGUUUCCGGUGGUGGCCAGUGCUGUUGCCGUGACAACACGACUAGUUUCCGCACAGGAUGUGUUCUGUAAAAACAGAUGAUGGUCGUCCAGGAGGCGCCGAUUUUCUUCAGCCUCUCAGAGAAGCAGAGAGGCCGCUGAGCUUUCUUGGCGAUAGUGUCCUUGUGGCUGGACAAGGACAGGCUGUCAGUGGUGCUCACUCUCAGGAGAUUGGAGCUCUCAACCCCCUUAUCCUCUGCCGUUGAUGUAAACAGGAAUGUCUGCAUCGCCCCGGCUGACUUCCUGUUGUCAGUAACCAGCUCUAUUGUGUUGGUGAAAUGGAGGGGGUGGGGAGUGUUGAUACCAGGUCACAAAUCUCUCCAGCUCCGUUCCGACACUCGGGUGGAGAAGGUUUACUGGAGUAAAUUCCAACCUUGUGCAAACAGCACUGGCUAUGUGAACACGGGUGGAUCUGUCCAGACGGACUGAAGGGUCUAUUUACGCGCUUUUCCCGAAACUCGUCCUUCUCUCUCACUUUUCUCCCUCUCACCUUCCUCUCUCUAGUCUCUCUCCGCUUCUCCUCUCUCAUCCCAAACUCUACUAUCCCUCCCCCUCACUCUCCUCCAUUACUCCCCACUCCCUCCGCCUUACACCACUCUCACACUGAUCCCUCAUCCUCUGCUUACUCCCUACCUUCCUGAAUCCUACAUCACUCAUAUGAAACAUAUUCCUCCCGCGCCCUCCUCAUCCAGCUGAAAGGCUUUAUCUGCUGUCCCUUCCGCAGGACACGGAUUUACUCAACUUCCGGUGACUCUGAUUCACUAUCAAACCCUCAGCGGAGUGGGAGGGAGAGGGGAUUUAUCAGGACAUUUGGAAGUGGAAGAAACAGUUGAGGGAGUUGGGAAGGGGGCGAGAGAGGAGGGAGACUGAGGGAUGACGAGAUGUGGGGAGAAAUAAUUAUGUAGAAGGAGGAGAGAGAGAACGGGUAAAGAGCUCGAGGGAUGUUGAGAAGCAGGAGAUACUGGGAAAAUGGAGAAACAGGAUUAAAUGAAACCAGACAGGAGAGGAAUUUCACUCUCACAUUCUCCACAUCCCUCUAUCACUCCCCCUCCUCUCUCUCUCUCUCUCCCUCUCCCCUUCUCCCUCUUUCUCACUCUCUCUCUCUUUCUGUCUCCUUCUCCCUCUGUCUCUCCCCCACUCUCUCUCUCCCCCUCUGAUACACUUUCUCUCCUCUGUCUAUCUCUCUCACCCUCUCCACACCCCCUCUCAUUCUCCCUCUCACUCUCUCCCCAUCUUCUCCCAUUCUGUCUCCCUCUCUCUCUGUUCCUCGCUCUCUCUGUCUCUCUUCCUCUCACUCUCCCUCUGACUCUCCCUCUCUCUCCCUCUCUGUCUUCCUCUCUCUAUCCCUCUUUCUCUGUGUCCCCCUCUCUCUCUCUCUCUUCCUCUGUCUCUCUCUCUCAGUGUACUAUAAAGGCACGGAGGAGGGAAGAAUAUGCAGUCUGGGAGAAAGGCGGAGCUGGGUUCACUGAAUGAAGCCAAUGCCGAUAUAAUCAAUUGCUGACUCGAUCAGUUUCACUCCUCCCUCUCCAUCUCUGUCUAACUCAUUUCCCUCUCUCCGUGGCCGAAGCACAAAUGUGAAAAUGGUGAGGGAAAAAAGAGAGUGAGGCAGAGAGAUGUUAAGAGACAAAGGGUAGACUAUAGUGGGGAGAAUGGGAGAGUGCGGGUAAGUAGGUUGAACAGGGUGACAGUGGGAUGAGCAAGUGGGUGUAGUGAUAGAGGGUGAAGAGAGGCACCGAGGGAAGGAGGAAGGAAGGUGGAGGGUAAGAACGUGAGCAAAGUGUGGGGAGGCAGAGAGGGAGAACAAUUUUACGUGAAAUUUGGGCAAGCAAGAGAAGGAGAGCAGGAGAGCGGGAACGGGGUGGGAUAGACAGGGAGGGAAGGACAGAGGGGAAAGGAAGGAGUGGAGUAGCGUGGAGGCGGGAGAGAUGGAGAGGGCUGGAGUGGAGGAGAGCGUGGGAGUGAUUGCGAGAGUAAUACACUGGAGAUAUUUUGUAUGUGUGUAUGUGUGUGAGAGAGUGAUAAAGGGGGAGACAGAGAGACUGCAAUGAACUGUCGGGGUGAGAGAGCGACAGAGGGAGUGAGAGCGCGUGGCAGACAUGGGUAAGAAUGGAGGAAGGGAGAGAGGUGCAGGAAGUGGGAAAGGAGAACAACACACACAAAAUGUUGGAGGAACUCAGCAGGUCAGGCAACCUCUAUGGAAAAUAAUAAAGAGUGGACGUGUCGGACCGAGAUCAGCAAGAUGAGCGGAUUCGAUCAGUGGGGAGUGGGAACUUCCUGAGGAUGCUGCGGGAUUGUUUGUUAGAUUACAGCAGACGUUGAUGGACUUUUGAUCGGUCAGGGCAUGAAAGGAUACGCGGCGAAGGCAGGAAAAUGCGGCUGGGAGGUAAAAUGGAUUUACCAUGAUGAAGCGGCAGAGCAGAUUUGAUGGGCCAAAUGGCCUAAUUCUGCUUCUGUCUCUCAUGGUCUUAUGGUCCAAGAGCAGCCUCUCAUUCAAUGAGAGCAAGAGCAAUGAACUGGUUAUGGACUUUGGAGGAGGAAACAGGAACCCAUGAGGCAAUCCUCAUCGGGGCUCAAAGGUGGAGACGUUCAGCAACUUUAAAUUCCACAGUGUUAACAUUUCAGAGGAUCUGUCCCGAGCCCGGGACACAAGUGCAAUUACAAGAAAGCAGGAACUGUCUGUCCUCAGUAGUAUGGCCCAGCACAUCACGGGUAAAACUCUCCUCACAACUGAGCACAUCUCUGAGGGCUGUUGUCGCAGGAAAUCAGCAUCCGUCAUCAAGGACCCCCACCACCCAGGCCAUGCUCUCUUCUCAAUGCUGCCAUCAGGAAGAAGGUGCAUGAGCCUCAGGAGCCUCAACCCCAGGUUCAGGAACAGUUAUUACACUCAACCAACAGGUCCUUCUUUCCUUUAACAAUAUUUUUUAUUCAGAAGAAAAAAAAAUUUAGAGUGCAACACAUAGAUACAUUUCAACAUAACUUGCUGUAUACAUAUAUAUUGUACUACAACAUAUAUUGUAGUAAAAUUGAUCAAAAUGUUAUAGCAUAACACAUAAAGGUAUACCACUCUAAUCAAAAAUUUAAAGAUAGGUCAUACAUCAUAAAAUAAUUUAUAUAUAUAUAUAUAUAUAUAUAUAUCUAUAAAAAGUCAACCCCCUACCAACUACCAAAGAAAAAAGCUGACGGAUGACAAUGGAUUAGAAAAAAAACGUAUUCACUUGAGAAGAGAACGUAAAUAUAUACGUAAAAGUAUAUUUAUAAAUAUUUAUAAAUUGGAAAAGUAAUUUAGGAAAGGUCCCCAAAUAUCAUAAAAAGUUUGUUUCAAAUUUAAGACUGAGCCGCAGAUCUUUUCUAAAUUUAAAUACAACAUAUAUUACGUAGCCAUUGAAGAUGUAUAGGAGGGGUAGACUCCUGCCAUUUAAGCAAGAUUGCUCUUCUUGCAAAAAGAGAGGUAAAAACUAAAACCUGUAGGUUACGAGUAUUUAAAGUUAUAUCUUCAUUUGCAAUAAUACCAAACAAGGCAGUAAGGGGAUUUGGGUCAAAUUGGACCCUAAAAAGUUGAGAGAAGGUAUGAAAUACUUCCGGCCAAAACUUUUCAAUUGCAGGGCAAAACCAAAACAUAUGAAUUAAAGAAGCAUCAGCAGAGUUAUUACGAAGUGGAGAAACAGUCGGGUAAAACCUGGAGAGCUUCUGUUCAGAAAUGUAAGCUCUAUGAACCACUUUAAAUUGUAGAAGAGAAUUACGAGCCCAGAAAGAUGAUUUAUUAACCCGUUUAAGAAAUUUAUUCCAUCUAUCAUCAGAAAUCUCACAAUUUAGGUCAUCCUCCCAAGCAUUUUUUUAUUUUAUCUAAAAGGUCUUGUCUAGAAAUCAAUCAACAAGUUAUAGAUACCAGUUAUAGAACGAUUAACAAAAGGUUUUAAAUUUAAAAGAUCGUCCAGUAAAAUUUUAUCAGGAUCUAUAGGAAAAGUAGCUAAUUGGAAACAUAGAAAAUCUCUAAUUUGAAGGUAUCUGUAAAAAUGUGAUUUUGGGAGUGCAAAUUUAUUUGACAAUUGGUCAAAUGAUACAAGAGAUCCUGAGAUAAACAAGUCCCAAAAACACUUAAUACCUAGUUCAUCCCAAUCCUUAAAGACUUUGUCAGUCAUGGAAGGGAUAAAACAAUAAUUAAGGAGAAUGGGAGAUGAUAAUGAAAAAUUCGCUAAACCAAAACAUUUUCUAAAUUGAGACCGGAUCCCUAAACUUUGCUAUUCCCACAACCAAUGGACACAAUCAACAGCUCUUCAUCUCAUGUUCUUGAUGUUUAUUUCGAUUAUUUUUUAGUUUUAUUUCUUUUGUAUUUGAAUUUUGUUGUCUUUUGCACAUGGUUGUUUUGUUUGUCCUGUUAGGGGCGAUUUUUCAUUCAUUUUAUAAUGGCUCUUGAGUUUACUGAAUUUACAAUAUAAUCAAAUCCCAGGAUUAUACAUGGUGACAUGCCUAUACUUUGAUAAUAAAUUUACUUUCCACAUUUUAAAUUGUACAUUUCAAUUUGUAAGUAACUCUGAAACACAAGAGCGGGUUGUGAGCUCAGUCUGCUGGGUAAAUUAUUUUGUUCUGAUCUGAAUGGUCGGCCCAACACUGUGACCCGUCUUUCGAGGCACACCAACUACUGGAAAUAUUCCUGAAUUGAACUGGAAAGCCUCAAAUACUCUGUCUCUCUGCUCAAGCGUGUGAACACACGUAGACACACACGCACACACACACGUUUCAAAACGUCGACAAUCAUACCAGUGCCCAAAAAUACCAGGGUGACCUGCCUGAACGACUAUCGCCCAGUGUCACUCACUACUGUGAUGAAGUGCUUUGAGGGGUUGGUCAUGUUCAAUCAACUCCUGUCUGUGUGCAGGGACCCACUGCAAUUUGCCAAUCACCACAAUCUGUCAACAAUUCUCACUGGCUCACACUCGGCCUUAGAUCACCUGGACAAUAGCAAUACACAAGUCAGGCUGCUGAUUACAGCUCAGCAUUCAACACAAUCAGACCCUCAAUUGUAAUCAACAAGCUCCAAAACCUGGGCCUCUGUACCUCCUUCUGCAACUGGAUCCUCACCAGGAGACCACAGUCUGUGUGGAUCAGAAAUAACAUCUCCUCCUUGCUGACAAUCAACACUGGCACACCUCAACGAUGCGUGCUCAGCCCACUGCUCUACUCUCUCUACACCCACGUCUGUGUGGCUAGGCUCAUCUAUAAACUUGCUGAUAACGCAAAAAUUUGGUGGAAUUUCAGAUGGUGAUGAGGAGGAGUACAGGAGUGAGAUAGAUCAGCAAGUUGAGUGGUAUCACAGCAACAACCUUGCACUCAACAUUAUGAAGACAAAGGAAUUGAUUGUGGAUUCAGGAAGGGGAAGUCGAGGGAACACACACCAGUCCUCAUCGAGGGAUCAGAAGUGAAACGGGUGAGCAGUUUCCAUUUCCUGCCUGUCAACAACUCUGAGGAACUAUCCUGAGCCCAACAUAUUGAUGCAGUUACAAUGAAGGCACAACAUCAGCUAUAUUUCAUUCGGAGACUGAGGGGAAUCGGUCUGUCACUAAAGACACUUGCAAAUUUCUACAGAUGUAGUGUGGAGAGCAUUCUAACUGGUUGCAUCACUGCCUGAUGUGGAGAGGCCACUGGACAGGAUCGGAAAACGCUGCAGAAAGUUGUAAACUCAGCCCGCUCCUUCAUGGGCACUGGACUCCACAACAUCCAGGAAACAUUGAAAAGAUGAUGCCACAAAAAGGUGGCACCCAUCAAUAAGGAUGCCCAUCACCGAGGACAUGCCUUCGGCUCAUUGCUACCGUCAAGGAGGAUGUACAGGACCCUGGAGACACACUCACCUGUUCAGGAAUAGCUUCCUCCCUCCACCAUCAGAUUUCUGAAUGGACAAUGUGCCGAUAAACACUUCCUCAGAAUUUUCCCUCACUUUUUGCACUACAUUUGAAAUAUAAUGUUACACAUACUAAUUGUAAUCUGUAGUUUUUAUUACUAAAUAUUGCUGACAAAUUUCACCACAAACGCCGCUGAUAUUAAACCUGAUUCUGAUACGCAAACACACACAGCUGGGCUCAGACAUACAACACUCCCACAUUCCUCCCUUUGUGACACCCUGCUUGCUCCGUGGCCCCCGGUAUGAAGCUCAAACUGUUGCAACACCUGCCCUUUGAAUUCAUGGCUGAGGCUGUGUUGUGUCUGUUCACCGUUUGAGUUCGAUAUUAAAUGAAGAGCAUUGAAUAAAGGAAGGUUUGAAUAGAAGAAUAAAGGUCUCCUCAGAAGGUAUAUGGAGUCCUGUUGAGAGCGUACAUGGAACAGUGGUUCCAUGUUCCGUGUACCAUGACUCCCGGAGGUCUGGUCUCCCUCCCGGAGUCAUCCUGUGGGAUGAAGGGAAUGAAGAGAUUUCUCAGAUUGAUUUAGGAGGUGAGGUAGUGUCCUCGGAGAGAUUAUACUGACCGGAUCCGUCUCAAAAUUAGAAAAAUAUAAUGCCGUCUGACUGAGACAGACACAGUCUCACAGGGGAUUGUCAGGGUAGAGGCAGGAAUGAUGUUUCCUUUGGCUGUGGUGAGGAAUGGGGGGUCACAGAAUCCGAGUUCACCUCAGCAGGACUGAGAUGAGGAGAAAUUUCCUCACACAGAGAGCAGGGAACCUUUGGAAUUUUCUCCACAAGGUUUCUGAAUUCGAAGGACAAAUUUUGGGGUUCUGCUCCAGUUUCCUUUUUCUACAGUCCGAGUUUACCUUUGCGCCUGGUUCUCCCUUGACCUUCAGCCUGUCCUUUUGCACAGGGGAGCGCUCACACACCGGAGCUCCAUCGGCAGCCGCUGCGGGCCAGCUCCCGGAUCCCAGCAGCAGGAGACAGGACCGGGAGGAAACUCCGGACAACAGGCCCCGAUCCACGGCGGGGAAAGACCGGGCUCCCCCUGUGUGGCUGAAACAUCUCACGGAAUCUCCGCCCGAAUCUUCACCUCCGCCAUCGGAAGGGUUCAAAACGCCGGCCGCUGUUGCAGCCUUUACCCGGGGAGCUGCUCCCAAUCUCGGGUCUCUCACCGGGUCCACUCGUUCCCGGUUCCAAACUUCGGUCCGCCUAGCGUCCAACCCACUGACACUCCUCAGCCAAUGGAGGCCAGAGUCUCCCAGCGGUGGUCUCUGAUUGGCUGUGAGUGUGUCCGAGGGCGGGCUGCUGCCGGGAGCCGGAGAUGUCAGUCACAGUUUGUUCUCAGAAUCAAAGCAAGUUCCCCGAGGCUCAAAGUUCAAAGUAAAUUUUAUUAUUAUUUUUAUUUUUUUUAAUUUUUAUUGAACACAAACAAAAACAGAAACACGAAACAUUUGCUAACAAAGCCAGGGAAUCACAUAAAAACAGCAAGAAAUAUAUAUCUAUUAACUUUAAAUAUACAAAUAAACAAGGAAAUCCACUCUAAAUAUUGCUGGACAGAAGGAACUGUAUCUAAGAGGAGUCACAAAACAGGAACAUUUACAGAGAUAACCCAAAACAUUGACAGAUUUGUCCAGUCUUUACAGCUUUCUGUUUAUGGGAAGUUUUCAGAGUGUAAGUGUAUAGUUUGAAGUCUGAUGUAAAGUCUAAAUGAAGGUUUCUUAUUGCUGUGAUUGCAUUUAUGGAUAUAAAAUUUGCUGCAAAUUAACAAAAGAUUGAUGAUAAAGAAAGAAUCCCUAUGAGAUUUGGUGUUAUUAAUAAACCCAAAUAAGACAUUUUGAAAACAAAAAGUAAAAUCCACAUUAAUAUAUUGAUCUAAAAAUUGACCAACAUCAACCCAAAAUGUUUUAACAUUUUCAGAAUCCCAAAACAGAUUAAAUAAAUCCUCUGGAUAUAAACCGCAAAAAGAACAGUUUGUUUCAAUAUCAGAAUUAAUCCUUGUCAAAUAAACAUUGGUUGGAUAAUAUCUAUGUAUAAUUUUAAAUAAGCCCCAAGAACUCCUCCAUUUCAGAUUCCCCAAGCGUCUAUUCCAGAAACUAACAGAGUACAUAUAAGUCGCCACAUACAACUCCUACAAACAUACAGAGCAAAGCUACAGAACGGUAACUAUAUCUGGAUCACUGAAAGAUCAGCAAGAGUGCGGAAGACAACAAACUUGGCCAAUGCAAACAAACAACGAGAACAUGAAAUAACCGCAGCGGCUGCCGAUAGCUGUCCGGUGCUCUCAGUGCUCCCUGUUCAAUCUGACAGGACAAGAAACAGUGAGACACAAAGGUAAACUCGUGUUGCAGAAAAACAGAAAUAGAAAAGGUGUGGCCAUUCGGCCCCUUGCACCACUUCUGCCCUUCAAUCAGAACAUGCUUGACUUUUGACCUCAGCACCACUUUCCCGCAACUUCCCAUCACCUCUGAGCCCUAGGAUAUGUCCAUUCAAUUUAGAAACCUUGUGGAGAUAAUUGCAAUGAUUCACUGCACUCUGGGUGAGGAAAUUUCUCCUCAUCUCAGUCCUGCUGAGUUGUCCUCGGAUUUUGAUUCUGUAAGCGCUGGUUCCACACCCUAUGGGAAACAUCAUUCCAGCCCUUCCGCGGUAAAUAUCCUGUGAGAUUGUAUUCCUCUAAUUCUGAGACAGGAAUGUGAUCUGUCUCAGACAAACCACCUCUUAUUUCACUCAGUUUGAGACAGUCCCAGUACGAUGAUUUGUUGUGGGAGCAUCUCUAUGGACCAGUGAGUGCAGUUGUCCUGUGUUGUUCCACAGCCCGAUGGCUGAGGGGUAGUAACCGUUCCUGACC